GGCAGGACAUUUUAGGAAGGGUAGUCUGUCCACAGCAAUAAAUCGUGUAUUGGUCGUCUUUGUAAGUAUUUUUGGAGUAUUAUUGUUGCAUUCGGUAAAGCUAAAGUAUCGCAACAUAAACAAAAAAAAUAACUAAACUUGGUCUUUCAUCAUCUCCUAGGUUAGCUUGUCAUAAUUAACAUCGACUGUUCCUCUCCUUUUCUUUCAUAACCGCGAACAAAAUGGCGGGGUUUAUGGGUGUUGCGGGGGCCGCCGCGCAGGCCAGUGUGCAGGUACAAAAGGCAGCUGAGGUGCUCCAGGGUGGUACAGCCUAUCCGAAGGAAUGGUUUGAGGUUUCCGACGCCCUGAAGAUUCCUGUGACCGUAGUCACCGGGUUUUUGGGCAGCGGCAAGACCACCUUGCUGAACCAUAUACUGUUGAACAAUCACGGAAAAAAGUACGCGGUGAUCGAGAACGAAUUCGGCGACGUUGCGGUCGAUCCGGAUCUCAUCACGCAUAAGGUUGAGUCAGCCGAAGAGAUUAUGGCUCUGGAGAACGGUUGCCUUUGCUGCACAAUCCGCGAGGAUUUGAUCGCCAGUGUGAAAGAAAUCCUGCGGUUGCAUCCACGCUUGGACGGCAUCUUCAUCGAGACCACGGGCAUCGCGGAUCCGGCGCCAGUGGUGGCGACGUUCUUCCACGAUGAAGAUCUGCGCCGGCGGUGCCGCGUUGACGGUAUCUUGACGGUUGUGAACGCCAAGCACGUGCUGGAGCACAUGUACGCGGACCGUAGCGACGUCGAAACUGCUAUUCGCCGUCAGAAAAAACGCCAGGAGAAGCGCAGACAGCUCAAAACCACCAAAAAGGGUGGCGAGGAAGAUGCCAACAAGGACGAAGAUGAUGUCUUCAUGUUGCAAGACGGGGAUGAUCUCGACGAUGAUGAGGAAGCGGCUAAGGCGGGAUCCGGAGGCGCCGUGCUCGCUUUGGAGGACGGCGAGGUUCCGGACGGUCCGUAUGGCGCCGGCCGAGAAAAGGAGGAGGGUCAACGCGUCAAUGAAACGAUGCAGCAGAUCGGUUUUGCGGACAGAAUUCUUCUAAACAAGAUCGACCUUCUAGAAAAAGAAGAAGAUAUUAUGGAACUCGUCAAGGAGCUCAAGGGAAUCAAUAAGGUGCUUUACGUAAACCGUUUUAUUGUAGACAACAUUCAUUGAGAUUUACAUUGUUCAGAUAGAAUGAAUUAGGAGUUCUCUUUUGACUUGAUUUUGAUCUAAGUUUCUGGUCUCUACUCUCUCUCUCUCUCUCGGCCUGUAGUGAUUCGUGCUAAAAACAGCUCUCCCAUUGAUUCAUGUACUAUGAUCGACAAGUUUAUUCUAUUCCUACUCAACAUCAUCGUUCACCAACCACCAGGUUGCAGAAGUGAUUCAGUGCAAGCACAGCAAGGUGAAUCCGGAUUUGCUGCUGAAUAUUUCGCAGUUUACGCUGGAAAACGCUUUGGACUUCAGUCCAGAAUUCCUGCAGAGUGAAGCUGCAUUAAAUGAUAAUAUUGAUGAGAACCCGCAGGAUGAAGAAGGGGAUGAAGAUGAGGCAAAGAAGAACAAGAAUAGUGACGUGACCGUAAAGAGGAAAGAUCAAGUCGGUGAUAAUCCGUUCGAGGGCCAGGCGGAAAAGAAGGAAGGCGAACAACAAGGCGGUGAGGCUUUGGAUUUCGCGGAUGAGCCCGGUGCUAAGAGACAGAAGACUGGCGGCAAAGAUGAGAAUCCGUUCGGGCAACAAGAAAGUGCCGCGGCGUUCUUCAAACUGCCAAAGCAGGAAACGGAGAAGGAAAAGCUGCGCAAUCGAAUACAGGAGAAGAAAGGUGACCAGAAACUUCAAGUACACUCCAUCGGCAUCUCUCUCGCACCGGGGGAGACUCUUUUCCUCACAAGAUUGGAGGAAUGGAUCGGCUCAUUGCUGCAGAAGGAGGGUCAGCGACUGCUGCGCUUCAAGGGUGUGCUCUCAGUCAAAGGAUUCGACCAAAAAUUCGUUUUCCACGGCGUGCACAUGCUCUUUGACGGAAAUUUCUUUGGGGAAUGGGAAGAGCCGGAGGAGGAACGUACUAUUUUCUUUUCUGAAUUUUACCUUAUCAGGAUUGACAACUCGUUGUCGUUGAACACGACUUGCUCAAGUAAUAUGAAGAUGACCAGUCUUUUUCAACAUAGUUAUUCAUACUUACGGAAUUCUUCCUUUCUGUUUCUCUUUCUGGUCUUCAUUUUUUUAUCACCACUUUGGUCAAAGUAGUAUUCACCUACCAGAACGACCUAUAUCAACAACCCACACAAAAGGUGUUUCUCGCGUCGUUUUCAUUGGGAUAAAUUUGAACCGCGAAACUCUGAUGCGGGGUUUGCGCGCAUGUAUUGCGCCCACCAGUCUUCGAUUCUCCAUCGGCGAUGAUGUGGAAGCAAAAGUGCGCAGAUUCUGGCGCAAAGGCAAGGUGACCGGCCUAUGGGAGCAUGAUCUGAGUGCAGACACGGGUUUUGCACGUUCCUUCCCAUACCGAAUAAAGCUCCAAGAAACCGGCGUAGAGGUGCACGCGCUGGAGGACUCGGAUAUGAUGAUCCGAGCAGUGCCAAAAAACAGGGUGGCCGCUGCAGCCGCGUCUGCGGCAGCGGCGACGGCGUAAACAUCUGCCAGCCUUUUAGGGAGCUGGACUCGAGAAGUUCAUUCGCGCUUCAAGUUGUAGCGAUGUCGUUGUCGAAUGACUAGCGUCUUGUUCAUCUCCUCUAAUUUUCAUCUGAAGAUCACUUGAGUACAUCCCAAAUAAGUAGAACUGUUGGGAAGCGAUGAUGAUUGCUUCAACUACAUGAAAUACCUCAUCGCGUGGUGGUAAUGUAAGUAGAUGCGAUGUAUGUUUCUACAGAAGAUAAAAAAGGACUUCAUGUUCAUCUUCUACCGUAGGUAUAGUAUUAGUCAAGAGGUACUAUAUCAUCUACUCAGGAGGAGGAGAGUCAUAUCAGAAAAAAUUCUGAGACGUGGAGGACCGCUAACCAUGAUCAUGUCACGGUGUCUAGCAUUCUGGCAUUUGGUGUGCGCUAUCUACAAAUUUGAUGACAAAAACGCGCUCUCUAAACCUAAUAUAUAUUGAGAAUAGCAAGUGUUGUCGCUUCACAACACAUUUUUCUCUCAUCAAGCUUGUCUUUGAGGUCGUCGCUCUGCCGAUAUGCAUCUCAAUACAACCCAGGGAAAAUGAUACGCACAAAGAAAUUAGAAUUGACGAUGAUUGUAUGACUCUCUCUCUGUCACUGUCCCCACACCUACUUAAAGACUUAUGAUUUCGUGAACGAAUUAAUACAUGAAGACCUCACCCAUCGCCUCACCCCCAACAGUAUUCUCCGAUAAAAUCCCAUCGUUCUGAUCCUGAUGUAUUAUCGCAAAAAAUGUUGAUCAUAUCCACCAGCAGCUACACCGCGACUGCCAGGAUGGUCGAUGAAGGCUCAUCGUGUUUCUUGCCUGUCCAUAAUUUUGUCGAAAGGGUCUACUUGUCAAGAACCUGCGAGCGAAAAGAAAGUGGUAUAUUGCAGGCCAAAAGAGAAUUGUGUUGG